UUUUCUGCUGAAUCAUAAACUCAUGGCGGCUAUCUAUUAAACAGGGAGUCAUCGGAUUAAAGAAACGUAUAGAGAGUCUAUAUUCUAUAAACAAUAGAAGUCCAUAUCUAAUUGUUGGCAAUCCUUUAAGAGCUUGACUUGACUGACUUAAUUAAUUCAAAAAAUGAUCAUUACUCUUAAAACGUUGCAACAACAGACCUUCAAAAUGGAGGUUUCACCAGAAAUUUCGGUCAAGGAGUUGAAGGAAAAAAUUGAAGCUGAAAAGGGUAAAGAAUAUCCCGCUGGUGGUCAAAAACUAAUUUACGCUGGGAAAAUUCUUGAUGAUGCAAAAACAGUUGAGGAAUACAAAAUCGAGGAAAAAAAUUUUGUUGUCAUAAUGGUGACAAAGCCAAAAGCACCAUUAGCACCAGCAAAAGCACCAGAAGUACCAGCAACAACAGAGUCAACCACUCCAGCACCACCAGUUGCAGCAGCUGCAGCCUCUACCCCUGCCCCAGCUGCACAGCAAGAGUUAUCUAGAGGAGACUUAAGUGCUGCUAGUCCUGUGACACCAAGUUCAGCACCAGUUUCUGAAACUGCUCCAUCUGCUCCUACUGCCGCAGUUUCUGAAGCCAGAGGAAACACCCUUCAGUUUGCUGAAAGCAAUCUAGUCACAGGCCAAGCAUAUGAGAACAUGGUGCAACAGUUGAUGAUGAUGGGUUUUGAGAGAGAGAAUGUUGUUAGGGCUCUGAGAGCAAGCUUUAACAACCCAGACAGGGCUGUUGAGUACCUUUUAGGGGGUAUCCCUGAACCACAUGGAGGAGAAGAAGGAAUUGGGGGUCAUCAACCUUCUCGUCCAACAGACGCUAGUGAGUCGAAUGUUUCUAUGGCAUCCAAUCCUUCAUCUGAUACAACAGGCUCAUCUCAGUCAGAUGACCCCUUGGCAUUUUUACGAACUCAGCCUCAGUUUCAAAGAAUGAGACAAGCAAUUCAAGAAAAUCCUCAGCUAUUACCUGCACUUCUACAACAGAUUGGCCAAAAUAACCCUCCACUUCUGCAGAUUAUAAGCCAAAAUCAAGAACGCUUUGUGCAGAUGUUGAAUGAGCCAGAAGAUGGUUCUGAUCAAGAAAGUGGACAGGGUGCAGGAGGAACAAACCCUCCUCCUGGGUCUGGAUUUAUCAAUGUUACCCCAGAAGAAAAACAAGCUAUUGAUAGAUUAAAGGCGUUAGGUUUCUCAGAACCUAUGUGCAUUCAAGCAUAUUUUGCAUGUGAUAAGAAUGAGGAUUUAGCUGCUAACUUUUUAUUGUCUCAAAAUUUUGACGACGAUGACCCCUUGAGUUGAUUUGCUUGAUAGAGGCAUUAAAAAGAGAAGACCUGCAGAUUUAAUAAUUAACUAGGCAUUUAUCUUGUCAAUGUCUUGAUUUGUUUUUCUAAAAUCAUGUGUUACAAAUAAUAAGCAUUGAAAAAAAUAUCAAAAAUGUGUUUUCUUUUUUUUUUUUUUUUUUUCCUUAAAAUCUAUAUACAGAAGUUUAAGAUUGAAUUCAAAGUCAUAUAGAGAUAUACUUAGUUAACUUAUUCUUUUAACCUUCCAUACAAAUAAUAAGGUUUGUUGCUCGUAAGAUGUAUGAUUCUCUGCUAAAAUCUUUCAGUAGUAUAUGAAAUUGUGUUAUUUAUUAAUAAAUCUGCACGGGCUUUCUUUUUUUUUUUUUUUUUUUUUUUUUUUAAAGUAAGUGUUUUCUAACAGUAAAUAUCUGCUAUAUUGAAUUCAUUUUUUUUUUUAUUUUACCUACUGGUAUGGCAAUUUGAGAAACUUUUUCGUUAGUCCCUUGGAAGAGGAUUAAACACCUGGCCUUUAUUCUAUACCAAGCUGUCUGAUUCAUGUAUUGUGUUCUUGCUAUCUUACAUGAGUGUGUGUGUGUGUGUCUAUUGCUGUCAUGGCCUUGCAGUCAUCAUUUUUUUAUUAAUUUUGUUUUAGAUGAUUGCCUAGUGAUGUGUGGGUUGUGAAUGUGUGGUCUACAUCUCAGUGAUAUAACUUUGGUAUGUGAAUGAUAGUUGACUUGUUUCAAUUGUGGAAGUAAACACCAGUUUUAUUUUUUCCCAAUUCUCUUUUUAUCGAGAUUAUUGUACCAUUGUUUUAAUUUUCAAGUGAAUAUAUGAUGACGGUCCACUAAAGGAUACUGAAGUUGGAAAAUCUCUUUUAUUUUUGUUUGAAAUUAUAAUAUUAUGCAAUUAUUUACUAACCAAAUUUUUUUAAUCUAAUAGUUCUGAAAAAAAAAAAUUGCUUUGAGGCUUAGCCUAGUGUCAGAUGUUUAGCUAAUUGACCACAUUUUACUUAGCAUAUGUAAAAUGUUUACCUAAAUAAGCACAUUUUAUUAUUUCUAAAGUGAAGUAGAUUUCAUUGUUAUGGUGGAAAAUUUUUGGAAAUUGUUAUCUUAAAACAACCAUUUUAUGUCUGGAAAUUACUUUGACAAGUAUCUACAUUUUUCUGCUAUUUGUAAGAUCAAGGGUUUGGGUGGUACUCUUUUUUUUUUAAUCAUUGUAAAUAUACAAGUAAUUCAAUAUCAUUUUUCCACAACUUCAGUGUCAUUUCAUGGGUCUUCAUUAGAUAUCACUUUAUCAGCCUUGAUAAAAGAUUUAAUAUCCUAAUGUUUGUUUGUUCCCUAAUAGUAAUGUCAUAAAGUAGCUGGUUUCAUUUAUUACCUAUAAUUCACAAUGUAUACAAGUAUUAGCCAUCAUACAUCUUAUUAUUCUUAGAAUGUUUUUAUUAUAAAUCAACUAUUGAAACAAAUUCAAGUAGCCCAGUAGAAUUGGAAUAACCUGCCGUGUUCCUGUCUGCCUCCUUUUUAAAAAAAAAUAUUGACCGCUCUACAAUUGAACAGAUAGCAUGUUUCCUCUGUACAUUUAAUUCUAAAGAAAGAAAUAAGUGUUUGGAGAUUGCAUUGAGUUUUGAGAGGUUUCUUCCUGUUGGUCAUUUUGCAUAUAUUUUGUUUAGUUGUUAAUUUUUUUCCUUGCUUUAAUUGCCAUAAUACAAGAGUUGAAAGGAAAAAAAAGAACACCAAAAAAAAUA